AUGUCAGAGUAUCAGGCGUUGGUUCAUUUUAAUGCUCAGGCUGUGAACCUGGAAAUGGUUCAUUUUCUGGCAGCUACUGCAGCUUCAGUUAUUAGUACUACCGAUACAGACGUGAGAAACGGCGGUGGAUCUGCUGUUUCUUUGGUGGAUUUUAUCAAGACGUUGAUUAGUCACUCCAAUGUGCAAACGCCAACUCUAAUGGCGACGACGGUUUAUUUGAUUAAACUGCGGUCUAUUUUGCCUACCGAUGUCACAGGUAUUUCUACCACGAGACACAGAAUCUUCAUUGGAUGUCUGAUACUGGCAGCAAAGAACCUGAAUGACUCCUCGCCUUUGAAUAAGCAUUGGACAAAAUACACGAAUGGCCUGUUUACGCUGGAGGAUAUAAACGCGAUAGAGAGGGAAUUACUUGCGUUAUUCGGCUGGAAUCUCAAUUUCUCUACACAAGAUCUCACCCGCGCGUUAUCGCAUUUCUUGGUGCCGAUUCAACACCAAUUGAGCGCCAGAUCUGCUGCCCACAAACAGGAACUAAUGGCAAAGCAGAACUCGGCAUCGAUGCUCCUAUUCAAUGCUCCUGUCAGUGGAUAUACAAAACAACAUCUAGUCAACGUGGAAGCCCAUUCCCGUUCCUCAUCGCAUAUGUCCAUUCCUUCGCUAUCAUCUUCAAACACAUUAUCUACCAUCGAAUCUACUUCGACUAUGAGCUCGGUACCGACAGGUGCCUACUCAUCUUCAAGCUCAUCAGCUCCUUCUUCUGCAGGUUCGAGUUCAUCUUUGUCCUCUUCUGCAGGUUCUAAUGCAUAUCAGUAUUCGAAACAUACUAGACUGAAAGUUAUUAACGAAGAACCUUUAGAGAAGCCACCAUCCAAGAGGAAGUUUGGACUCACUAAACCUAUUAUCUUAAGCUCAAAAUCGUACACAGAUUUGAAGGCUUUACCUGCUGUUGCAGUGACGAACUCAAGAUCAGUUUCAUCGAAGUCAGGCUGGGCUUCAAUUUUCAAUUAA